CCGGGUGAAAUCAUGGCGCAGGGAGCAGUGGUGAAGGAGCAGAAAUAUGACAGGCAGCUCAGAUUAUGGGGCGAUCACGGGCAGGAAGCUCUGGAAAUGGCUCAUGUUUGCCUGAUAAACGCCACUGCCACUGGUACGGAGAUCCUGAAAAACUUGGUGCUGCCAGGUAUUGGCUCCUUCACCAUUGUGGAUGGCAACCUGGUGAGCGGAGAGGAUGUCGGGAACAACUUUUUCCUCCUCAGAAGUAGUAUUGGAAAGAGCCGGGCCGAGGCCUCCAUGGAACUAUUGCAGGAGUUGAAUGAAGACGUCACAGGCAAUUUCGUCCCCGAGGAUCCAGAGCAACUUUUAGACAAUGACCCAUCUUUCUUCUGCAAGUUUACAGUGGUGAUCGCCACUCAGCUGUUGGAGAGCACUUUACUGCGUUUGGCUGAGACGCUCCGGAACGCCAAUAUUCCUCUCUUGAUUUGCCGAACGUAUGGUUUUGUUGGCUACAUGAGGAUCGUCGUGGAAGAACAUAACGUUGUAGAAUCUCAUCCUGAUAACGCGUUGGAGGAUCUGAGGCUGGACCAGCCCUUCACCGAGCUCCAGGAACACCUCCAGUUAUAUGACCUGGACAAUAUGGAGAGAAAGGACCACAGUCACACUCCAUGGAUUAUUGUGGUGGCCAAGUAUUUAGAGAAAUGGUGUAGAGAGAAUGCAGGACAAAUACCCAAGAGUUACAAAGAAAAGGAAUCCUUCAGGGAUCUCCUCAGACAAGGCAUCCUGAAGAAUGAGAAUGGCAUGCCGGAGGACGAGGAGAACUUUGAGGAAGCCGUGAAGAACGUGAAUACUGCGCUAAACACGACAAAGAUCCAAGGCAACAUCGAAGAAAUUUUUAAUGAUGAACGCUGCACAAACCUAACUCAGCAGUCGUCUGAUUUUUGGAUUUUGGCUCGAGCUGUGAAGGAGUUUACAGCGUGUGAAGGUAAAGGGAAUCUGCCCCUGCGAGGAACGAUCCCAGACAUGAUCGCCGACUCUGACAAAUUCAUUAAACUCCAGAACGUGUAUCGAGAGAAAGCAAAAAAUGACGCGUCCACGGUGGAAAACUAUGUUUCUAAGCUCCUACAGUCUGUCGGCAGACCCGCAGAAAGCAUAUCAGAAAAAGAUGUCCGACUUUUCUGCAGGAAUUGCGCUUUUCUUCGAUUAGUCCGGUGCAGAUCUUUAGCUGCAGAAUACGGGAUAGACACUGCAAAAAAGGAUGAUAUUGUUUCCUUUAUGGAGAAUCCGGAUAAUGAAAUUGUCUUGUACUUGAUGCUGAGAGCUGUGGACAGGUUCCAUAAACAGCAUGGACGAUAUCCAGGUGUUUACAACUAUCAAGUAGAUGGAGAUUUUUCAAAAUUGAAGACAUGUCUGAAUAGUUUUCUCCAGGAAUAUGGGUUAUCACUCGGCGUGAAGGAUGACUAUAUCCAGGAAUUCUGUCGAUAUGGAGCUGCUGAACCUCACACCGUCGCUUCCUUCCUAGGAGGCACUGCGGCACAGGAAGCCAUCAAAAUCAUAACGAAGCAGUUUGUUAUAUUUAAUAACACCUUCAUAUACAACGCCAUGUUACAGACCUCCGCUACCUUCCAGUUGUAGCCUCAUUACCAGUGAUGACCCACAGAAGAACACGUGAGCCAGGAGUGGGCCCCUGGCACCGUACACUGACUGCACUACAUACCAAUAGGCAGCAUCUCAGCCAGCCCAUAUAAUAAAGUGGAUAGUUAUUUUCCAAAUCCUCCCCCCCCUGUUCAUUAUUCUGUAGCUGUAUAGGAUGGCUGAGGCGACACUAGGUGGAUUGGCCGAUCAGUCUCCUCCUCCUUUGGGCUCUGCCUUCUUGGUGUCUUUAUGGGGCCCCCAUCAUCUGGCAGAUUCGUGAUGCUACCUGAGGGCCACUACUACUACUGCUGCUGUUUGAGCACAUGUCCCUAGCUAAGAGGGCCCUUGGUUCUUGGACUAAUCAGUAGGCCACUGAGGGAACCCCCGACAGACAAGGGCCAGCUGGCCGCUACUACUGAGGAAAAAAAGUGUCUCCUUCUACUAGUGAGUCUUGUAAGGCCUCUUGCACACGACCGUAUGGCUUUUUCAGUAUUUUGCGGUCUGCAAAAAACGGAUCCGCAAAAAUAAAACUAUUGGUGUGCAAGAGGCCUAAGGGUCCAUUCACACGUCCGU